AUGGCGCAUAGUUUGAGAGAGUUUACUUUAGAGUUUGUAAAACUUGAUCGUUUUGAUGGAACCAAUUUUCGACGUUGGCAAAAGAAGAUGCACUUUCUCUUGGCCAAUCUCAAAGUGGUUUAUGUUCUAACUACUCCUAGACCAUCUGUAAAUGAAGACGAGACAAUCGCUCAAAGUCGGGCAAGUAUCAAAUUGGUACAAGACGACUAUAUUUGUAAAGGACAUAUUUGCAAUACAAUGUCUGACACAUUGUUUGACGCAUACCAGAACAAGGCAACUGCCAAGGAUCUAUGGAACACACUUGAAGCUAAGUAUCUUUUGGAAGAUGCUCCAAGUAAGACAUUUCUAACUACAAAAUUUUUCAAUUAUAAUAUGAUAAAUUCUAGGUCUGUUGUUGAACAAUUCAAUGUUAUGAUGCAUAUUCUUGAUCAAUUCUCCCAACAUAACAUGAAAAUGGAUGAAUCCAUAUCAGUUUCAUCCAUUAUUGAUAAACUUCCUCAAUCAUGGAAAAAAUACAAAAGAAGUUUGAAACAUAGAAGGGAAGAAAUGUCUCUAGAAGAGUUAGGCCAACAUCUUCGUAUAGAAGAAGAGAUAAGGCUUAGAGACAAUAAUGAAGAGCGUGACUAUUUAACUUCUAACAUGCACAUGGUAGAGGAAGGAAAGACCCACCAACACAAACAGCCCAGUGAAUCCGAAUAUAAAAACCGAAAGAGAGAAUAA